GUCUCGCUGCCGACCUGAAGCUUGCAUCACUUAGCCAUGGGUUACCUGUUGUUUGCUUUAUGCAUCUAAUUGCUGUCCCGUGCCCAUCUACGGUCGCCCAGUGGAUGGCCGUCUCAGUUUCUCAAACCCAACAGUCUCCGCCCCGCCCCGCCUUCGCCUUCGGAUCAAGGAUUGAGUGAGUCGAGGUUGCGCGUGACUGCCCCAAGACGAGCUGCUGUCCUCGCCUCACGAGGACAUCCUGGGUUCAGCUUACAAGCAAUAUGUUCUCCCAAAAGAAGCCGUUCUCGGCUGUCACUGUCACUGUCGAACAGCUGACCAGUGAGGCCUAUGAGGAGGAUGACCUCAGCGGCAUCCCCGACCUCGUGGAGGUUGUCAAGCUGCAGGCCACCGGGCCAGCUGAGGCCGCGCGUGCAAUCCGGAAGAAGCUCAAGUACGGCAGCGUCCACCGCCAGCUCAGGGCUCUGACCCUCCUUGACGGCUUGAUCCAGAACGCCGGCCCGCGCUUCCAACGCGCUUUCGCCGACGAACCGCUGCUGGAACGCCUGCGUGUCUGCGGCACUUCUGACCUGUCAGAUCCCGAUGUGAAGAAGAAGUGCUCCGAGCUGUUCCGAAGUUGGGCCUCUGAAUACAAGAACACCCCCGGCUUGGAACGCAUCGCCAAGUUGUACAAGGAGCUCCCCAAGCGCAAACAGGUCGUCACCCAGGAACGUUCCCGCGUCAUUCGGGAGACAGAAAACCCGUUCGGUGAGGAGGAGGAUGACCAGCCGGCAUCUCCAGAGCCACCACAGGCAGCAUCCUCCCGCUCCCCGCCGCCAAACUUUAGCACCCCCGUAACCGGGCAGAUCAAUUCUUUCAGCUAUGUGUCCUCCUCAAAGGACAAGAAGAAGAAGGACAAGGACAAGGACAAGAGGAAGUCCAAACAUCGCAAAUUCAACCUCGAGGCCGAGAAAGACGCCAUGAAGACCGCCAUCGCGGAGGCAUCCAUUGCGGCAACUAAUCUCAUGAACUCACUUCAGAGCAUCAACCGUGAGAAGGAACGAAUUUCCGAGAACGCAGUCGCCGUGCAGCAUUUCGAGGCGUGCAAGCAGUUGCGACGCAGGAUCCUGCGAUACAUCCACCACGUCGAAUCCGAGCAGUGGCUCGGCUCCCUCCUCCACGCCAACGACGAGCUCGUCCAGGCACUCAUGACCUUUGAGCAGCUCGACCGCUCCAUCGACGCUGACAGCGACUCGGACGACGAGCUGGCCGAGCAGGCUCACAUGUACCGCAUGAUGACCGAGAAGGGCAAGUCGCCCACCUCCCCGGGCAGCCCGACCUCCGCCAUGGCCGGCCUCCACAUCGACCCUCCGCCGGCGCAGCCCGCCCGCCCCGCGGCGCCCCCGAGACCAUCGGCCGUGUCGAAGCCUUCGGCCCAGCCGUCUGUCCCCGGGAGACCCCCGACAGAAUACGCCGACGCAUCUGACGAGGAGGACGAGGACGAGAACGACCCUUUCGCAGACCGCAACGCCCUCGCGACCCCUAAGGUGGAGCGCAACGAGCCGGCUUGGUGAUUGGGAACGGCGCCGCUCACCUCUUCUCCCUGCCCCCGUCGGUGGUGUGCACGUCGAAGGCCCUUGGCAGCCGGCGGGAAGCCUGAUGCUAAUUUCUCCCGUAAUCUAUACCCCGGAAACUUGCCACCGUGUCUGUGUCUCGUUGAUCCAGGAGCCCCUCCCCAUUUCGGUCGAUUUCUGCGCGUUUCGAUGCUUCAGGAGCUAUGCCCAUGCGAGAUAGAUACCUCCAUAGUAAAUUUGAAUUCUUUCCAUCUCUCUCG